GUCAGAGGUGACAGGCAAGAUUUCGGCCGUCUGUGGCUUGGAGCGGUUGGUGAAAGGAGCAUCUUCGUGACAAGCUCGCCGGAGACGGCGAAAAGGAGCCGAAUCGCGGGAGCAAGUUUGAGGCGGCGGCGGAUCGGACGCGGCGGGGUGUGGGCGCCGAGGGAGCCCUGGCCGCGGGGCAUGACUGUCGGGAGCGUGGGGGAGCGGGGAGUGGGAGGUGCCGGAGGCUGGUAAUACCCCGCAGCCCCCCGGGAACCGGGAAGCAAAGCUCGGUGGGAGCGCUUCAUGCCGCCGACUGGUUUAGAGCCCGCCAGGAUGAACAGGAAGAAAGGAGACAAGGGCUUUGAAAGCCCAAGGCCAUAUAAAUUAACCCAUCAGGUUGUCUGCAUCAACAAUAUAAACUUCCAGAGAAAAUCUGUUGUGGGAUUCGUGGAACUGACUAUAUUUCCCACAGUUGCGAACUUGAACAGAAUCAAAUUGAACAGCAAACAGUGUAGAAUAUAUCGAGUAAGGAUAAAUGAUUUAGAAGCUGCUUUUAUUUAUAAUGACCCAACCCUGGAAGUCUGUCACAGUGAAUCAAAACAGAGAAAUCUGAAUUAUUUUUCCAAUGCUUAUGCAGCCGCGGUUAGUGCUGUGGAUCCCGAUGCAGGAAAUGGAGAACUUUGCAUUAAGGUUCCAUCAGAGUUAUGGAAACACGUUGAUGAAUUAAAGGUCCUAAAGAUACACAUCAAUUUUUCUUUGGAUCAGCCAAAAGGAGGUCUUCAUUUUGUGGUACCCAGUGUUGAGGGAAGUAUGGCAGAGAGAGGUGCUCAUGUUUUCUCUUGUGGGUAUCAAAAUUCCACAAGAUUUUGGUUCCCAUGUGUUGAUUCAUACUCUGAAUUAUGUACAUGGAAAUUAGAAUUUACAGUAGAUGCCGCAAUGGUGGCUGUUUCCAAUGGAGAUUUGGUGGAGACAGUGUAUACCCAUGAUAUGAGGAAGAAGACCUUCCAUUACAUGCUUGCCAUUCCAACAGCUGCAUCAAAUAUCUCUUUGGCCAUUGGACCUUUUGAAAUACUUGUAGAUCCAUAUAUGCAUGAGGUUACUCAUUUUUGUUUACCUCAACUUCUUCCAUUGCUUAAACAUACUACAUCGUAUCUUCAUGAAGUUUUUGAAUUUUAUGAAGAAAUUCUUACAUGUCGAUACCCAUACUCCUGUUUUAAGACUGUAUUCAUUGAUGAGGCUUAUGUUGAAGUGGCUGCUUAUGCUUCCAUGAGCAUUUUUAGCACAAAUCUGUUACAUAGUGCCAUGAUUAUAGAUGAGACGCCUCUGACUAGAAGGUGUUUAGCCCAGUCCUUAGCACAGCAGUUUUUUGGGUGUUUCAUAUCCAGAAUGUCUUGGUCUGAUGAAUGGGUACUGAAGGGAAUUUCUGGCUAUAUUUAUGGACUUUGGAUGAAAAAAACUUUUGGUGUUAAUGAAUACCGCCAUUGGAUUAAAGAGGAGCUAGACAAAAUAGUGGCAUAUGAACUAAAAACUGGUGGAGUUUUACUACAUCCCAUAUUUGGUGGAGGAAAAGAGAAGGAUAAUCCGGCAUCUCAUCUACACUUUUCAAUAAAACAUCCACAUACACUUUCCUGGGAAUACUACACUAUGUUUCAGUGUAAAGCUCACCUCGUGAUGAGAUUGAUUGAAAAUAGGAUCAGUAUGGAAUUCAUGCUACAAGUCUUCAAUAAACUGCUAAGUUUGGCUAGUACUGCUUCAUCACAGAAGUUCCAGUCACAUAUGUGGAGUCAGAUGUUGGUUUCCACAUCUGGAUUUUUGAAAUCCAUCUCAAAUGUCUCUGGCAAAGACAUCCAGCCUUUAAUAAAGCAGUGGGUAGACCAGAGUGGAGUGGUAAAAUUUUAUGGAAGUUUUGCAUUUAAUAGAAAACGAAAUGUUUUGGAAUUAGAAAUAAAGCAAGAUUAUACAUCCCCUGGAACUCAGAAAUAUGUGGGACCACUUAAAGUGACAGUGCAGGAGUUAGAUGGAUCUUUCAAUCAUACGUUGCAAAUUGAAGAAAACAGCCUUAAACAUGAUAUUCCCUGUCAUUCCAAAAGCAGAAGGAAUAAGAAGAAAAAAAUUCCACUCAUGAAUGGAGAAGAAGUUGACAUGGAUCUUUCUGCGAUGGAUGCUGAUUCCCCUUUGCUGUGGAUAAGGAUAGACCCAGAUAUGUCAGUGCUGAGGAAAGUAGAAUUUGAGCAAGCUGAUUUCAUGUGGCAGUAUCAGCUCCGCUAUGAGAGGGACGUCGUUGCACAGCAGGAGUCCAUUCUGGCCUUAGAGAAGUUCCCUACGCCAGCAUCUCGCCUUGCACUCACUGACAUAUUAGAACAAGAGCAGUGUUUCUACCGAGUAAGAAUGUCCGCUUGCUUCUGCCUCGCAAAGAUUGCAAAUUCAAUGGUAAGCACAUGGACAGGACCACCAGCCAUGAAGUCACUCUUUACUCGAAUGUUUUGUUGCAAAACUUGUCCAAACAUUGUGAAAACAAACAACUUUAUGAGCUUUCAAAGCUAUUUUCUACAAAAGACUAUGCCAGUUGCAAUGGCUUUAUUGAGAGAUGUUCACAACCUUUGUCCCAAAGAAGUCUUAACAUUCAUUUUAGACUUAAUCAAGUACAAUGACAACAGAAAAAAUAAGUUUUCAGAUAACUAUUAUCGUGCUGAAAUGAUCGAUGCCCUUGCCAACUCUGUUACGCCAGCAGUCAGUGUGAAUAAUGAAGUUCGAACUUUGGACAACUUAAAUCCAGAUGUGAGACUCAUUCUUGAAGAAAUCACCAGGUUUUUGAAUAUGGAAAAACUUCUUCCAAGUUAUAGACACACCAUCACUGUCAGUUGUUUGAGAGCCAUACGAGUGCUUCAGAAGAAUGGACAUGUUCCAAGUGAUCCAGCUCUUUUUAAAUCUUAUGCAGAGUAUGGCCACUUUGUGGACAUCAGGAUAGCAGCUUUGGAAGCAGUCGUUGAUUAUACUAAAGUGGACAGGAGUUAUGAAGAACUGCAGUGGCUACUUAAUAUGAUUCAGAGUGACCCUGUACCCUAUGUAAGACAUAAGAUUCUAAACAUGCUGACAAAGAACCCACCAUUUACUAAGAACAUGGAGUCUCCAUUAUGCAAUGAAGCCUUGGUAGAUCAACUUUGGAAACUUAUGAAUUCUGGAACGUCACAUGACUGGAGGUUACGGUGUGGUGCUGUGGACUUGUACUUCACACUCUUUGGCCUCAGUAGACCUUCCUGCUUGCCCUUACCAGAGCUUGGGUUGGUUCUUAAUCUAAAAGAGAAAAAAGCUGUCUUGAAUCCGACCAUAAUUCCAGAGGCCAUAGCAGGCAACCAAGAAGCUGCGAUUAAUCCAAGUAGUCACGCACAGCUAGUUGGAUUUCCGAACCCUGAAGAUGAUCACCUUGCCAAGGAAGCAACAUGUAAUAUGUCAGCUCAUCAGCAGGGAGUGAAGAGGAAGGCUGAUACACCACUGGGGUCCCCACUAGAACCUGGUCAAAUACUGGAGAAGAAUGAGGAUAGCAGUAAAGUCAAACUCAAAAUCAGAUUUUCAAAUUCUCAAGAUGAGGAGGAAAUUGACAUGGACACAGUUCAUGAUAGCCAGGCGUUCAUUUCCCAUCAUUUGAACAUGCUUGAAAGGCCAUCGACUCCAGGGCUCUCUAAAUACCGGCCAGCCAGCUCCCGAUCUGCUUUAAUACCCCAGCACUCAUCAGGCUGCGAUGGCACACCCACCACAAAACCCCAGUGGAGUAUGGAACUUGCACGGAAGGGAACAGGGAAGGAACAGUCGCCUCUGGAGAUGGCUGUGCACCCAGUGGCAGCAGCUCCGCUCUCCGUGUUUACUAAGGAGACGGCGUCCUCCAAACACGGCGAGCACCACCACCACCAUCACCACGAGCACAAGAAGAAGAAGAAGAAGCACAAACAUAAGCACAAGCACAAGCACAAGCACGAGAGUAAAGAGAAGGACAAAGAGCCUUUCACUUUCCCCAGCCCGGCCAGCGCCAGGUCUGUCCGAUCUCCUUCUCUUUCAGACUGAGAGGGGGACAAAGGGCGCUUUGCCUCUGUGUCCUGAAGAAUAUAUGUAACUAAAGCUUUGUUCUCUGUAAAGAAUGAUAAAAGGAAACAGAC